CAUUUUCGGGACUGCCCAGCGCUGGGGGCGCGGUCUGAAUAAUACGGAGCUAAAUAACUCAUUUAAACCGCCUCGGUGAUCUUUCUUUACCCAAAUCUCUACCGGCGUGUCCUGGGUACAGACCUCGGUUUCAGCACUUUGCGGUUCCGCCCCCCUUCGAAGAUGAUUCGUAGGAAAGAUGCGCCGGUCUGAACGUUCCAUUGACCUUCGGAUCUUCCCGGCAGCAGCACCUAGGCACCGCGACGCGCCGUCGCCGCUACGGGAGCUACUCGGCUCCCGUCGCAGAUCUCUCCUCUAACGCAGGUGCUCUAAUUGCGCUCGAAUCAUCUUUGAUUUUUCCUCCCAAUCAAUCAAGAGCGAGGCAGAUGCGCCUGGCUCCGUCACCCCGGCUAGUACCAUGGUGGAGUUUCCAUCCCUCAGUCCUUACUGGCCUCUCCUCCGCUUUCUGGUGCCUUUGGCGAUUACCAAUGUCGCCAUCGACCUCGGGGAACAGGCUCUCAACAGGGGCAUAGCCACCGUCAAGGAGGACACGGUGGAAAUGCUGGCCAGCUAUGGCUUGGCCUACUCCCUGAUGAAGUUUUUCACUGGUCCCAUGAGUGAUUUCAAGAAUGUGGGCUUGGUGUUUGUCAACAGCAAGCGGGAUCGGAGGAAGGCAGUGCUGUGCAUGUUGGCAGCCGGGGUCAUCGCGUUUGUCCUCCAUAUCUUGAUAGCUUACACAGAUUUAGGAUACUAUAUUAUUAAUAAGCUCCACCAAGUGGAUGAGUCGGUUGGGUACAAGACAAGAAGGGCGUUCCUAUUCCUGGCUGCUUUCCCGUUGUUGGAUGCAAUGGCAUGGAUUCAUGCUGGGAUUCUUCUCAAGCACAAGUACAGUGUCAUUGUAGGCACUGCUUCCAUCUCUGAUGUUGUGGUCCAGAUUGUGUUUGUGGCCAUUCUGCUGCAGAGUAAUCUGGAAUGCGUGGAGCCUCUGCUCAUCCCGAUCCUCUCCCUGUACAUGGGUGCCUUGGUCCGGUUCUGCAUCGUCGGGAUCGCCUACUACUGCAACAUUCACGACAACAUCCCAGAAUCCAGCGGGCUUGAUGUGGGGGGUGAUGCCACCAUCAAAAAGAUGCUGAGUUUCUGGUGGCCCCUGGCCCUCAUCCUGGCCACUCAGCGCAUCAGCCGACCCAUCGUCAACCUGUUUGUGUCCCGCGACCUGAAGGGAUCCAGCGACGCUACAGAGGCCGUCGCCGUGCUCACAGCUACAUACCCCGUAGGUCACAUGCCCUACGGCUGGCUGACUGAACUCAGAGCCGUUUACCCAGCCUUUGACAAGAACAAUCCCAGCAACAAGCUGAAUAUCGGCAGCCCGGUGAACAAGUCCCACAUUAAGAAGUUUACGUUCUGCUGCCUGGCUCUGUCUCUCACGCUUUGCUUCGCCGUGUUCUGGAGUCCCCACGUGUCGGAGAAGAUCCUGGUGGACGUGAUCGGAGUGGAGUACGCGUUUGCGGAGCUAUGUGUGGCCCCACUCAGGAUCUUCUCCUUCUUUCCGCUGCCGGUGACUGUUCGUGCUCACCUGACGGGAUGGCUCAUGACCCUGAAGAAGACGUUUGUUCUAGCGCCCAGCUCGGUUCUGCGGAUCAUCGUCCUCAUCAUCAGUCUGGUCGUGCUGCCUUAUAUGGGGGUUCACGGAGCUACACUCGGAGUUGGGUCCCUCCUAGCUGGGUUUGUUGGGGAGUCUGCAAUGGUUGCCGUAGCAGCCUGCUAUGUUUAUCGCCAACAGAAAAACAGCGAGCUGUCCAACGAGCUGGUGGUGGAGGGAGAGGACUCUGCCCCGAUGGGCGAGGGUUUCACCAGGAACCCGAUGGACGCCAUCGAGGAGGAAGAGGAGGAGCAGGAGUGAGCUGUGAGGAGGGAGACUUCAGCGUGGAGGUUUUUCUGAAGAAGAGUCCAGGACUGGAGCUGGGUUUGGGUUCGGAAGUCCUUCAUGCUGUAAAAACGCACACUGUACAGAAAGCCAUGCACCUUGGAUUGUUCAGUGUAAAUAUCGUCUUCAUCACAUCAGUGGCUGUACCUCCAGGUCUCUUCUAUUUACUGGUGAACGAGGGAAAUCCUCUUCCUCAGCAGCUAAAACGAGUCGACUCGUAGCAGAG